GAACAGAGAGCAAAAUCCAAAUCAAAUUCCUCAAGAAGCCUCUCUCACUCUCUCUCGGCUUUUUCAGAUCAACAAGGGGACAACAAAAAUGGCAGUAGCAACAUCAGCUUCUCUGUUUUCAACUGUUUCUUCAUACUCCUCUAAACCCAGUUCCUUACCACAUUCAAGACUCCAAGCUGUGAAAUUUAACUCAAUCCCUAGCUUCACCGGUCUCAGAUCAACGUCUCUCAUCUCUGGAUCUGAUUCCUCUUCCUUAACCAAGACUCUACGCGGUUCCGUAGCGAAAGCUCAAACAUCUGACAAGAAGCCUUACGGAUUCAAAAUCAAUGCUUCGUACAAAGUAGCUGUUCUUGGUGCUGCUGGUGGUAUAGGUCAGCCUUUAUCACUUCUCAUCAAGAUGUCUCCGUUAGUUUCGACGCUUCAUCUUUACGAUAUUGCGAAUGUUAAAGGAGUUGCUGCUGAUUUGAGUCAUUGUAAUACUCCUUCUCAAGUUCGUGAUUUUACCGGUCCUUCUGAGUUAGCUGAUUGUUUGAAAGAUGUCAAUGUUGUUGUUAUCCCUGCUGGUGUACCGAGGAAACCGGGUAUGACUCGUGAUGAUCUUUUCAACAUCAAUGCCAACAUUGUGAAGACGCUUGUUGAAGCUGUUGCUGAUAACUGUCCUAAUGCUUUUAUUCAUAUUAUUAGUAAUCCCGUUAACUCUACGGUACCGAUUGCUGCUGAAGUGUUGAAAAAGAAAGGUGUUUAUGAUCCUAAGAAGUUGUUUGGUGUUACUACGUUGGAUGUUGUGAGGGCUAACACUUUUGUUUCUCAGAAAAAGAACCUUAAGCUUAUUGAUGUGGAUGUUCCGGUUAUUGGUGGACAUGCUGGAAUCACCAUUUUGCCUCUCCUCUCGAAAACAAAACCGUCUGUCAACUUUACCGAUGAAGAGAUCCAAGAGCUCACUGUUAGGAUUCAGAACGCUGGAACUGAGGUUGUGGAUGCUAAGGCAGGUGCGGGUUCAGCUACUUUGUCAAUGGCAUAUGCUGCAGCAAGAUUUGUCGAGUCAUCUCUCCGUGCUCUUGAUGGAGACGGAGAUGUCUAUGAGUGCUCGUUUGUGGAGUCGACUCUGACUGAUCUUCCUUUCUUUGCUUCGCGGAUCAAGCUUGGGAAGAACGGUCUUGAAGCUGUGAUUGAGUCAGACCUUCAGGGGUUGACUGAGUAUGAGCAGAAAGCACUAGAAGCUCUUAAACCAGAACUGAAAGCUAGCAUCGAGAAGGGUGUCGCAUUUGCAAACAAACCAGCUGCUGCAGCAGCUAACUAGAUCGUGAUUUCACUAAAAAAAAGAGAGGACAUUCGUCAAAGAAGCUGAUAACAUUUUUCUUCUGAUCAUUUCGAGUUUUGUUUUCUUUUUCAUAUUUCUUGCAUCUGCGAGACAUUUUCGUGUUGUAGAAUAAAGAAUGUAUGAGCUU